CUCCGUCUGUAUGAAUUUACAACAGGAGAAGAUCGUAGGAAUCGGGUUUGUGAUUUACUCAGGAAUGCGGGUAUUGAUCAGUGUGUUGUUUGCGUCUACGGUAUGGGGAUACCGACAUCUGCAGGACGAGAUUCCUAAUGGAGGAGGGGUGCCACACCCGUGUAAGACUAACUACAUAUGGGGAGGCGUCGGGCAUCUGGACCCCCACGGAGGAGGUGAUAUAAAUCCGUUUGGUUUGGACUUUAAGAACGCUGGAAUGAAGUGGACAAAAUUCCUGUGUGAGAUGGACUCUGACAAAGAUGGGAAAACUAAUGGGGAGGAACUCGGAGACCCGGAUUGUGUAUGGACCAAAGGAAAUAUCCCAACAGCCACCAUUGACAUCAGUCACCCAGGUGUUUGCACCCCACACUCAGCUCCCGCCUGCCAAGCAGUCAACAGCUGGAUCGACUGUCGGAUCGGAGAUCUGCAAUGUGAUGCGCUUAGCGAAGUUGGAAUGAGGAACAUCACGUUGAGAUUUCCUGAGACCACCGUGCCCUCUGACAAGACAAACUACUUGUGUAUGAUUUUUGACCUACCGACAGACGGCGACUACCACUUUGUAGCCAUGGAACCAUACAUCGACAAUGUGAAUGUUAUGCAUCACAUGCUUCUAUAUGGCUGUGAAAAUCCAGACGCGGCUACGCAGGACAUGACCAAACCUAGUUCAUGUGGUAUGUCCAUUACGACCCAGUGUACGAAUCUCCUCGCCGGCUGGGGUAUCGGCUCCAGUGGUUCUUGUUAUGACAAGGAGGCGGCAGUGAGAAUAGGGCAAAAUGGGAUCAGACAAGUCGUAUUGCAG